AUGUAUAUACAACUUGGUAAUUUCCAACAAAUAGCUUUGGCGACAGAAAAUUAUGACUACCUGUGCUGCGUGGUAUGGUGCACUACGCAAACAGAAAAGAAAGAAAAUAAUAGAAAUGAACUACACUUUUCAUUCUGUUAUUCACAUCGUAGCGUGAGAAGUAAUCAAUCAAAAAUACAAAACUGUAUUAGACGACAUCGUGUUGAGUAUAAUGAUGCCAAUAGCGACGUUAAAUUUGUCUUAGAACGCUCACCAUUCGAUAAUGAUGACGACGAUGAUGAUAAUGAAAAAAUUACCGGUGUCAGCUCAAACCGUCUUACCAUCAUAGGACGAAUAUUUCCCAAUUCAGCCAUAUACAGAGAAGGUUCCUUUCGAAUAGAAAUAGCGCUGCCAGCAAUGUAUCCAUCAGACCCGCCUGAAAUACGCUUUCUUACUCCUAUUUAUCAUAUAAGUGUUACAGAUGAUGGUCGUCUGUCUUCGGAAACGGUGAAACGCGAUCUUCUAUGGAGUCCUAGACGUUCAUUAGUUGAAAUCAUCAGAGCUCUUGUCGAUUAUAUUGACCAUCCUAACCUUCAAUUUAUACUAAACCACGAAAUAGCUGGAGAAUUUAUGUACAAUCGAGCAGAAUUUGAUCGUAAAGCGCUCAUGUCUGUUUGUCGUCAUAUCACAUAUAAAAAAUAUUCAUCGAAGCAUCUCGUCACACGAAAAUUUUGA